AUGGCAACCCAGAAAUGCUGCCCCAGAGCCAUGCCGCACCUCGCCAGCCUCCCCCGCCACAUCCAGUCUCGCAUCGCCUACCAUACCGUCCUUGAUGCCCCUAAUGCCCACCCCGCUGCCCUCCUCCCCCUCCUCCUCGCAUGCCGUACCCUUAACCACAAUCUCACGUUUGCCCACAAUCCACAGCUCUACCAUGAACUGUACCUCGCCACCUUCGAUUCUACGGCAAUCACUCGUCGGUAUGAGUGGAUGCUCACCCACAUCUUUACACGAGGCGUAAAGGGAUACAAUCUGUUCUCCGACCCGCGGCCUUGGGCGAUCGACUAUCGCACGCGAUGGGAGUUGUGUGGGAGAUGGCGUGAAGUCGCCAAGCUGGGGACGAUCGACAUUCCAGGCCUCUGUGGUUAUGCCAGGUUCGCGGAGGACCUGUGGGAUGUUUUCUUUUUGUUGAGCGAGAAUGACGGAAAGAACUUGGUUUUCGUAACACAAAUGUGCAGGCUUCAGGAAGUACUGAACGCACGAUUCCAACGGGAACUUGCCAAAGAAUCCUUAGCACCAGGCUAUCCCCGUAUGACCUGGGACAGAUCACUUUUGACCUGGAUCGGUUUACUGGGUGGUGUAGAUGAUCAUGUGGGCGAGGCUGAAUCAGCGGAGGUUGAUGAGAAGAUAUUCAUGCUCCGGCCCUACAUCUUUGCAGCUGCUCAGUAUGGCAUAGGGUUUGGACCAUGGAACCAAACCAAACUCCCGCUCUGCCAACCCGGCUGCACAAAGCACUCCGCCUCACCCGCCAACAGCCACGCGGUCACCUAUAAACGCUUCGGUUACGCUUGGCGCCGAUCGCCCCCCGACUUUAUCACCGGCAUCUACAUCCUCUUCUUCCGUCUUCUAGAACGGCAUUCGGAUCGAGCUGGCACAAGGCAAGGGAACACUUCUUUCACUCACAAUUCAAAGCAGCAGCAGGGAGGUGUCUUUUCUGGAAAUGGUCUUCCCUUGUCAGAGAUGCAAGAUCUCGAGUGGCAGCGCGACACCAUGUGCCAGGAUCCCCACACCAGUCAAGGCCUCCCCGCUCUGGCGCUCCGUGGCAAGGUGCAAGGCUACUGGCGGGGCAAGUUCCUCUUCUACGAUUACGAGCUCUACAGAGAGAUGACGGAAGGCAACAUGCGCCGAGUCUACACAGGCAUGUUUGCAGAUCAGGCGGUAGAAAUGGAGUUGAAGGAGAUCGUGGUGAAAGUCAGGGAAGAGGAUGUUGGUGGAGACGGGCCCAUGCUCGGUGCUGGAUUCAAGGAUCUAGAUGAUGUGGAUGAAGAAGUCAAGGCCGUAGAAGAGGGCUAUGGGCAUGAGAUUGUUGGUGAUGAUGAGCCUGUGCCGGAAGGUUGGACGAAGGAGAUUUUGAUUGCAGGCAGAGGACGGGAUGCUUGGGGAUGGUGUAGAAUACGAGGUCGCGUGAGGUCCUGGGAUGGCCUUGUGAUACUAUGUCUAACCUAUGCCCGAGUACCCGGUACAACCUGGUUAUGGCGUGGGUAUACUCUUCCAGGUGGCUAUCUCACCGGUCGAUGGCACGACACCUUUACCAACAGCACCGACUCCAAGAGCUACGAAGGCCCAUUCUCUUUCAUCCGUGCCGGAGACCCUUGCUAUCCCCCGCACUUUCCACUACGACUCCAGGAGUCGCUCGGGGUGGACACGUUUGGCGGCGGCAUGCCGAGCGCGCCGAUUCCGAUUGCAAUCCCGAGCGAGGGGCCGGGAGGAUCCAAGCCGUGGCAUGCUCAGUAUCCGCCUUAUCCGAAUAUGGACGUUGAGGCUGUACCGAAACGACAUGCGGUCGCGCAGGUGGAAGAUGCAGAUCGAGGAAAGGAAGAGACCACAUCGAUAAUAUCACCGGGAAAACCUGAGAAUCAGGACAACAGUACUGUACCCCAUGUAACAUCCGGUGUAGUAGUAUCCGCGGAAGAUUCAUGA